AUGGAAUACGCAGACGGGAGAUGCCCGGACGUCGUGAUUGCAUUGCUAGGGAUCGUGAUCGUUGCGGACGCGUCGUCCGAUACACACGAUGCGCAGAUUGUUCUCAGCGCUACCCAGAUACGGUCUCGGACUCGGAGCAGCCGCUGUUGUUGGAGCACCCCUGCAGCUCGCUGGCGGAUCUUGACGGGCGACGCAUGGGCAGCGCUCGAAGAUGAAAGAGGGGUCGGAACAUUCACCGCACACGCGCACCUAUCAGAAGUCAGCACAAAUCAACGCAACCAACGUUCCUCUCCGCUCCCGGCAUUGGAUAUCUUGCGUCUCGCGGAGCGCGGCGAGUGA